UCAAUUGUCAAGCUUUUCUGUUUUUCGUUUUGCCCUUUAUUAUUAUUUUUCGUAAUCUCGUAUUUGCUAUAUUUUAACAGUACUUGAACCAUGGGCCUUUGCGACGCACCCGAAAUUAGAGAGGCGUACGAAGAUGUGCGCAACGACGACACCCAGACGAAUUGGAUGCUGCUGGAGUUUGAUGAAAAUAAAAAUAAUGUACUCAAGAAGCAUCUCAAGGAUAAUUCUGCGGCAUUUGGAUACAUCCGCGUGCCCAUGUCCAAUGACGAACUGUCCCUGCGGAUAAAGUUUGUAUUCCUGGUGUGGGCAAAACUCAGCGUCCAAAAGGCCGAGGUGACCAAUGUCAUUAGCAAUUCUUCGAUCGAAAUUGCUGCGUCGGAGCAGGAUGAUCUGGACGAAAAUGAAAUAAUGCUCAUGCUGAAAAAAGCAGGUGGUGCAAACUACGACAGGCAGGCUUCCGACUACUAAUAAUUGAGUUCUUUUUUAAUAAAAACUGCCGUAUCUCGGCCACUUAUAACAUUUUACAGUGAGCA